AUGAUAAAGUGCUCGAGAAAGCGUGCGAUAUUGAUUGCGGGGUCGUGGAUACGUUCGGACAGGACACUGCACGCCACGCUACCAUGUUUUGCCGCAGUGGAGUGCGCGAGCAAGACAGAUGUACAACAAAGCCACGAGUCGAUACGGGAUACAAACGGCAGACCACGUGGUUGCAAAAUCAAAGCUUUGCGAGCGAAGACCAACACGUACAUAAAGACACCAGUGCGCGGUGAGGAGCCCGUGUUCGUGGUGACGGGCCGCAAGGAAGAUGUCGCACGCGCCAAGCGCGAGAUCCUCUCCGCCGCUGAGCACUUCUCUCAAAUCCGCGCGUCCAGGAAGUGCGGCGCCGCACCCCCGCCGCCGGCCGGCGCACCCGGCCACGUGACCGCGCAAGUGCGCGUGCCCUACCGCGUCGUAGGGCUCGUGGUCGGCCCCAAGGGUGCUACCAUCAAACGUAUUCAGCACACGACGCACACCUACAUAGUGACGCCGUCACGCGAGCGCGAGCCCGUGUUCGAGGUGACGGGGCUGCCCGAGAGCGUGGAGGCUGCGCGCAAGGAGAUCGAGGCGCAUAUCGCUCUGCGCACGGGCGCGGCGAGUGGCGCCACCGGCGCGGGCGCGGUGGCCGGCGCCGAGGGGGAGCCCCUGGCGCAGCUGUACCGCGCCGGGCUAGCCUCGCUGCUGCGCCCCGAACAGGAGGCCGCCUUCUCAUCAGCCGGCUCAUGCUCCUCGGGCGGCUCGUCGGGCCGCCUCGGCGAUCUGCUGGGCAUCUGGUCGUCGACGGAGCGCGACGAGGGUCUGGGGGAGUCCCCGUCGUUCGAGUCGCCGGGCGCCGGCGGGGUAUGGGCGUGGGGUCCGCCGCGGCCGUCGCCGGCCGCAUCACCCGCACGCACGUGCGCCGUGUGCGCCGAGCGCGGCGUGGCGGCGGCGCUGGUGCCGUGCGGCCACAACCUGUUCUGCCUGGAGUGCGCGCAGCGGCUGGCGGCGACGGCGGCGCCCUGCCCCGCGUGCGCGGCGCCCGCGCAUCAAGCCAUCCGCAUUCUCUCG